AUGCAGCCCAGGACUCCUCAGCCGGCAGCAGAGGCCUCUGGGAUGAGCCCGGGGGCUGGCAGUAUCUGGACCACCAGAAGGGACGGUAACUUCCUACUGUCCGCCCUGCAGCCCGAGAUGGGUGUGUGCUCCCUGGCGCUGCCCUCGGACCUACAGUUGGACCGCCGGGGCACCGAAGGGCCAGAAGCCGAGAGGCUGCGUGCAGCUCGUGUCCAGGAGCAGGUCCGCGCUCGCCUCCUGCAGCUGGGGCAGCAGCCUUGGCAGAACGGGCCGGCCCAGCCCGACGGCGCGGCCAGGGCGGCCACAGGUGCGUGCCGGGCUCAGUACCACACCUUGCAGGCCGGUUUCAGCUCCCGCUCCCAGGGCCGGAGCGGGGACACCUCGACCUUCCGGCCCAUCGCCAGGCCUGCCUGCAGCCCUGUCUCCUGGUCUUCCCGCUCGGUCGUGGACCUGAGCUCCGGCCGAAGGCUGAGCUCAGCCCAGAGCAGGGGCAGCGCCCUUGGUGCCGCAGGGUAUGGGGGUGCCCGGCCCGCCGCGCCCCCGCCCACCCGGCCCACGUCCUUCCACGAGCGUGGCGGGGUGGGGAGCUGGGCGGAUCACGACACCUUGUCCCUGCACUCGCUCAGCCUGGGGGCCGGGGGCCCGGAUGACCGCUACGGAGUGGUGGAGGAGUGGCUGGAGCCGGCGGCCGCCUCCCCCUACAGGGCCUCUGCCUCUGAGCGCCGGGCCAGCUCCAGCUCUGGCCGGGCUGGGGGCCUGGGCUGGCUGGAGGCUGCCGAGGGGCCGCCCAGCCGGACCAUCCGUGCCCCCGCCGUGCGGACCCUGCAGCGGUUCCAGAGCGGCCACCGCAGCCGUGUGGCAGCUGGGGGAGUGCCAGGGGGCGUCCUGGAGCCCGUGACCCGGGCGCCAUCUGUGCGCAGCCUCAGCCUCAGCCUGGGCAACUCGGGCCACCUGCCGGACACGCGUGGGCUGGACAGCUACGGUGGCCACCGCACUUUGCAGAGGCUCAGCAGCGGCUUUGAUGACAUUGACCUGCCCUCGGCAGUCAAGUACCUCAUGGCCUCAGAUCCCAACCUGCAGGUGCUGGGAGCAGCCUACAUUCAGCACAAGUGCUACAGUGACACAGCAGCCAAGAAGCAGGCCCGCAGCCUGCAAGCUGUGGCUAGGCUGGUGAAGCUCUUCAACCACGCCAACCAGGAGGUGCAGCGCCACGCCACGGGCGCCAUGCGCAACCUUGUCUACGACAACGCGGACAACAAGCUGGCCCUGGUGGAGGAGAACGGCAUAUUCGAGCUGCUGCGUUCGCUGCGUGAGCAGGACGACGAGCUGCGCAAGAAUGUCACAGGGAUCCUGUGGAACUUGUCCUCCAGUGACCACCUGAAGGAUCGUCUGGCCCGAGACACGCUGGAGCAGCUCACAGACCUGGUGCUGAGCCCCUUCUCAGGGGCCAGGGGACCGCUCCUCACCCAGCAGAACGCCUCGGAAGCGGAGAUCUUCUACAACGCCACGGGCUUCCUCAGGAACCUCAGCUCGGCCUCCCAGGCCACUCGCCAGAAGAUGCGUGAGUGCCACGGGCUCGUGGACUCCCUGGUCACCUAUAUCAACCACGCCCUGGACGUGGGCAAGUGCGAGGAUAAGAGCGUGGAGAACGCCGUGUGCGUGCUCAGGAACCUGUCCUACCGCCUGUACGACGAGAUGCCACCGUCGGCCCUGCAGCGGCUGGAGGGCCGAGGCCGCCGGGAUACGGCAGGGGCGCUGCCAGGCGAGGCAGUGGGCUGCUUCACGCCACAGAGCCGGCGGCUCCGAGAGCUGCCCCUCACGGCCGACGCACUCACCUUCACCGAGGUGUCUAAGGACCCCAAGGGGCUGGAGUGGCUGUGGAGCCCCCAGGUCGUGGCGCUGUACAACCGGCUGCUGCAGCGCUGUGAGCUCAACCGGCACACGACGGAAGCGGCUGCCGGCGCGCUGCAGAACAUCACCGCAGGCGACCGCAGGUGGGCGGGCGUGCUGAGCCGGCUGGCUCUGGAGCAGGAACGCAUCCUGAACCCGCUGCUGGACCGAGUUCGGACGGCUGACCACCACCAGCUGCGCUCGCUGACCGGCCUCAUCCGAAACCUGUCUCGGAAUGCCAGGAACAAGGAUGAGCUGUCCACCAAGGUGGUGAGCCACCUGAUAGAGAAGCUGCCCGGCAGCCCGGCUGAGAACUCUCCCCCGGCCGACGUGCUGGUGAACAUCAUAGCCAUCCUCAACAACCUGCUGGUGGCCAGUCCCGUGGCCGCCCGAGACCUGCUCUACUUCGACGGGCUCCACAAACUGUUCUUCAUCAAGAAGACGCGGGACAGCCCUGACAGUGAGAAGUCCUCCCGGGCAGCCUCCAGCCUCCUGGCCAACCUGUGGCAGUACAACAAGCUCCACCGGGAUUUCCGGGCGAAGGGCUACCGAAAGGAAGACUUCCUGGGCCCGUAG